CCGGUCCUCGCCUCUCACCAGGCGGUGGCAGUAAUGCGCCGUAUCGUUGUUUACCAACUUUAGGAAGUAGAAGAAGAAGAAAACAACAAGACGAAGAAGAAACGAAUACGUCGUUUGAAUUAUUUUGAGCAGCGCCAUGCCGAAGAGGAAAGUUACGUUCGAGGACGGGGAGUUGGAUCUGGAGGAAGACCUCCCAAACAAAAAGACUUGCGAGGCGGUCGCCGGACCAGGCUCCAGGUUUAAGGUGAAACAUUCCCUGGACAGUGACGAAGAGGAUGAAGGGGAAGAAACAAAAAGCAGCAGCAGCAAAUAUGAUAUUCUGGCCAGUGAUGAUGUGGAGGGGCAAGAGGGAGCAACAAUUGACUAUGACGAGGGCGUUUCUAUCACACCUUUCAAUCUGGACGAGGAGAUGCAGGAAGGAUACUUUGACUCUGAGGGAAACUACUUCAUCAAAAAGGAAGAACAGAUUAGAGACAACUGGCUUGACAACAUUGAUUGGGUGAGAGUAAAAGAGCAACCUUUUAAACAAAAGAAGAAAGGUCUUGGAGCCAAACGGAAACGCAGAGCCGGUGACGAGGACGAGGCUGAGGAAGAAAAGCAAAGAGAGGAGAAGCGGGCAGACAAAGAAAAGGAUGAAGGCGAAGACGACGAAGAGGAGGAGAUGGAGCCUGCAGAGGACCCGCUGGCAUCCUUCACCCAGCACCAGCUCACUGAAGCUGUGAUCGAACUGUUGCUGCCCGGGGAGACCGUUGCCACGGCGCUCCGUCGGUUGGGAGGCCUCGGAGGACGGAAAAAGGGGAAGCAGAGGGAGGAGAGCGAAGCCACAGAGGAGACCAAAAGGGAUACAGAAAAGCUCGACAGGCUCACGGCACUCGCUGACAGACUGGUGGGGUCCGGGAUGUUUGAGAUCUAUCAGCAAACGUAUGAAAAACUUGCCUAUUUGAUGAAGAGCAUGAGCAGCAAGCGGCCAGCUGUGGAGAAGAAAGGGGGUGAUGAGGAAGAAGAUGAACUUGACAUGUUUGCAGAUAAAUUUGACGAGUCGCUUACAGGCAAAGCAGAGGAAGAGGAGGACAACAAAGUGAGUGAUGAGGUGAUGUGGGAGUACAAGUGGGAAAACAAGGAUGAUUCAGAGAUUUUCGGUCCCUUCCCCAGUCAGCAGAUGCAGGAUUGGGUGGACGAAGGUUAUUUCAGCACUGGUGUUUAUUGCAAGAGGCUCGACCAGAAGGGAACUCAGUUCUACAACUCCAAGAGAAUAGAUUUUGAGCUGUAUAUAUGAUCAAUGUUCAGCGGUGAAUGAAUCACAACCGUCAUGGUCAUGAAACAUUUUCAUUGUUUUGUGGCUUUGAUGUCAAAUCUAUCAUUUUAACAGGGGCUUUGUUUUCUGUACAUUGCUUUUAAAUAAAUAAGUCAUGUAUGUGGUGCUGCUAUCAGACAUUUUUCUGUUUAAUUAUAUUCCUUAGGACCAUUGUAGAACCUUUUUAGGCUCAUCGAGACCAAAGCAUAUUCCUAGUGACUAGAAUACAUAGAUUUCUAAUACACAGCUUCAAAUGUAAACAAUUGAUAUUUAUUAGAUUAUAUCUAGUUAACAUGCAUUCACAAAUCCAUUAGUGUUACCUCGCAGGACAUAUCAAAUAUCAGGCCAAUGGAAAUAUUCUUUUAAUACUGUUCUGAACAUAAAACUGAUGCGGCACUGAAUUAAGUCCCAUUGUAGUAAGUAGUUGAUCAGAAGAAAAAUAAAUCCUCAUCAAAAUAAACGUCCAACUCAACCUGCUUCCACGUUAUUGGUUGUGAGAAAAUGCUGUUUUUAUUUGUCUUUAGCUAGUGAUAAUGUCAUUAUAAAUAAGGUUAUCUUGCUCAAUGUUACUUAACGAUGAACACAACGCCUUAACGUAAAUAAAAUGUCGGUUUUAAAGACAGUAGGUCAGCCGAGGACAUAAAUAAAGUUGUAUUUUGUUUUGCUACUAUUUA